AUGCCUGUGGGCGGACGGGUCGCAGGCAAAGUCGGGAUUUACAGCUCCCAUUAUAAUGGGAAAGGCUACAGUGGUAUUAACGAGGAGAUCAUGUGGAUCAGCAUCGGCAUGGGGAUCACGAUCGCUGUGCUGAUCACCAUAGCGCUAUGCUACAUCGCGCGAGAGAAGUGUCGGAAACGACACGAAGGCUACUACGCCUCCUGA